GAGACAGAGCUGGGGGAGGGCUGCAGGUCCCCGCUUUGCCCAGGAGGACGAGGGGCUUUGCCGCCGCCCUCCCGGAAUCGGAGGAAUGGGUGCCUUCGGUGUGGCGGCGAAUGCCUAGGCAACCUCCCAAAUUUAUGAUUCUCUGAUGGAGUGACGUUUAAGUUGAACAAAUUUCUUGACCUGUCAACAUUUGUUGUAAACCGAGGGCCAUGACAGUCAUUACUUAGUUGGCAUUAGGAGAGGAAACACAUCCUUCCCUAGAGAGCCCCUAGCAGCUUGGCCUUGGUAUAGCUGGAUGAGAUUCAUUCAUUCAUUAAUUCACCAAAUACUUUUGAGAGCCAGCUAUGUGCUAGGCACUCUGCAUAGGUACUGAGAAUAAAACCAUGAGCAAAACAGAUCCUGCUUUAAUGCAGCUGGCCUAAAGGGUGAAGACAUAACUGAAGAAGAGGUCCAAGAAGAUGUAAUAGGGGAAGUGAGCUAAGAUCUAGUGGGUGAGGGGCCCAGGGUGGCUCAGGUCAUGAUCUCAGAGUUGGUGUGAUCGAGCUCGCAUUGGGCUCUGCGCUGACAAUGAAGAGUGUGCUUGGGAUUCUCUCUCUCUCCUCUCUGCCCCUCCCUCCCCCUUAAAAAAAAAUCAAAACCCAAAAAAUAUUAAAAGAAAAGAUCUAGUGGGUGAAUAGGAGGUAACCAGAGGAAACACAUUUUGGACUGUGGAAAGGUCUCAGGCAAAAGCUUAAGGCGGGGACUGAUGAUUAGAUUUGUAUUUUUAGUUCACUGGCUGCUGUGUGGAGAACAGAUUGUAGAGGCUGGCAGGAGGAGAAAUUGAGAGGCCAUCGAGGAGGCUGUUGCAGAAGUCUGGGGAGGGUUGAUGGUGUCUUGGACUGGGUGGUGGCCCUUGAGGAGAGGAUUGUAUGGAUUUGAGAUCUAUUGCUUAGGCAAAAUUGCCAGAACUUGGUGAUAACAUGGAUUUGGAGGGGGUGGGAGGUGAGGUGUCAAGGUUGUUUCUCCCUAGAUAUAUGGUGAAGAUUCCGCUUGUUUUGGGGUUACUCACAACCUGCGAUGCAAGGGAGAGUGGGUUGGCUGAUCUUGCACUAGUUAGGCUGGACUUCAUUUUGUGGUUUGAGUAAGCAAGCACUGCCUUUAACGUGAUCAUCAGGCUACUUUCAGCCUAAGGGAAAUGAGGGUGUUGUCCAGACUGUCCCUGUGUGUUCAUGGAAGCCUUCUCCAUAUUUGUUGGCAAAUUUAGGAGCUCCACCAGAUAAUCUUUUGAGACCUAGUCUUUAGUCCUGAAGAGAUGAUCAGUUUCUCACAUGUGAAUAAAAUUUCACAGUUGAGAGAGACCUCAAAUUCUCUUAGUUUGGUUUAUAAAAUACUUUUAUAUUCUUUAUAUCAUGUCCACAAUUAUUUUUUUUUUAAUUUUUAAUGUUUAUUUUUGAGAGAGAGAGCAUAAAUGGGGAAGAGGGAGACACAGAAUCUUAAGCCGACUCCAGGCUCUGAGCUGUCCGCACAGAGCCCGAUGUAGGACUCGAACUCAUGAAAUGCGAGAUCAAUGACCUGAGCCGAAGUCGGACACUUAACUGACUUAGCUACCCAGGAGUGAAAUGACCUCGAUCUUGAGAAGCCCUCAGGCUCUCCAGCUCACUCUGGCCCUGAUCAAGCCUGAUGCGGUUGCUCACCCCCUGAUUCUGGAGGCUGUUCAUCAGCAGAUUCUGAGCAACAAGUUCCUUAUUGUACGAAUGAGAGAACUUCUGUGGAGAAAAGAAGAUUGCCAGAAGUUUUACCAAGAACACGAAGGUCGUUUUUUCUAUCAGCGGCUGGUGGAGUUCAUGGCCAGUGGGCCAAUCCGAGCCUACAUCCUUGCCCGCAAGGAUGCCAUCCAGCUUUGGAGGACACUGAUGGGACCCACCAGAGUGUUCCAAGCACGUCACGUGGCCCCAGAUUCAAUUCGUGGAAGUUUUGGCCUCACUGACACCCGCAACACAACCCAUGGCUCUGACUCUGUGGUUUCAGCCAGUAGAGAGAUCGCAGCCUUCUUCCCUGACUUCAGUGAACAGCGCUGGUAUGAGGAAGAGGAGCCGCAGCUGCGCUGUGGCCCUGUGCGCUAUAGUCCAGAGGGAGGCAUCCACUGCGUGGCCGGAGCAGCAGACCCGGGACCAGCCUGCCGCAGGCCUGUGGGUCUGUGAAGACUGGUGGAAUUGUCCAGCCUUCUCUCGGAGACCUCGUAGGACCGGGGAGGCCUAGGGAUCGUGGCGCCAUCUCUGCCGGGCACCACGCCUACCUGAGGAUCUAGCUCCUCACUGCCACCUCCUCUAGAAUCUAGCUGUCUAUCUACCUCUUUUCCAGAACGUUCAUGGGUGGUUCAGAGGAAUAAUGGCUCCUCUUUUUUCCUGAGAACUAGUCAUCUUUUUCAAAGAAGAGUUUGCCUAAUCGACUUGCCUGAAAAAUGCAGUGACUCUAUAUAAGCAACAUUUGGCCUACCUUCUUCAAUAAAAGUCAGUCUACUGAAUCCUCAAGGCUAGGAGCCCUACUCUAGGUGUUUUCUCUCUCUCCUUCCAUGGAGUAAUUAAACCUUUCCUGAAGCCAAGUUUCCGGUCUGUGCUAAAUGGAGAGAAUUGUGUAGAAAUCCCCCAGGAGGUUCACACACAGUGUGCAGCUUGUCUAGUGCAUAAAGGCACCCAGCGCUGAGUGUGGGCGCAUGGUAUAGGGCUGCAUCCUGGGGGAAGGAGCACCUUUUAUUUGAAUAAAGAUGUGUCUGCUAGCAGA